AGAGAUCCAUGUGGCCGAAAUCCCCACCUUGGACGCUUCAAAUGAAUUAUUCAAUCCCGAUGGCCUACACCAUCAUCUAAUAACGUAAAAAGCCAGGAUCGAAGUAUGGGUGAUUCUACAGCAGAGAUUGUUGGGCAGGUCACAGACACGUGCCGCAAAGAUGCUCAGACAGAGCUUGCUGAGAGAGUAGCUACCAUCAGUGUAGCUGUGGGUCCCAAUGCUAUUAAACCAAACAGUCAGGAAGAAAAUAUUGUUCUGUUCUCUAACUGCACAGCUGCAAACAACCAAAGGAAUGGGGUGAGUGUUGAUUCAGGCACAUCUGAAGAACUGGAUGGUACCAAUGAGUUGCAUGCACCAAAGAAGGUCCCCAAAAGGCCUGUUUUGACUGGCAGGAAGUAUUCCCUUCAAGAAAAGACUACCGGAAAUUACUUGAGUUCUGCUGAUCUUCCAGGCUUUGGUCCAUACGCCACAGGACCCUCCACUCACAUUUCACCACGAAUAGUGAGGAGGCCGACAAUAGAAUCCCACCGAGUCUCCAUCUCUGAUGCUGUGGAUUGUGUGCAGCUGAAUCAAUACAAACUGAAAAGUGAAAUAGGAAAGGGUUCUUACGGAGUUGUGAAGCUGGCCUACAAUGAAAAUGAUGAUCAAUAUUAUGCCAUGAAGGUCCUCUCAAAGAAGAAGCUGUUGAAGCAGUAUGGAUUUCCACGUCGGCCUCCACCUCGAGGAUCAAAAGCCAACGCAAGUGGACAGAUAAAGCCCAUGGCCCCUCUAGAUCGGAUAUAUCAGGAAAUAGCCAUCUUGAAGAAGUUGGACCAUAUCAACAUUGUCAAGCUGAUUGAGGUACUGGAUGAUCCUGCAGAGGACAAUCUAUACAUGGUGUUCGACCUUCUCCGAAAGGGGCCUGUCAUGGAGGUGCCGUGUGACACCCCUUUUUCCGAAGAACAAGCUUGGCUCUAUUUCAGAGACAUUGUCUUGGGCAUUGAGUACUUGCAUUAUCAGAAGAUCAUUCACCGAGACAUCAAACCAUCGAACUUGCUCUUGGGGGAUGAUGGACACGUCAAAAUUGCUGAUUUUGGAGUGAGCAAUCAGUUUGAAGGCAAUGAUGCCCAGCUCUCCAGCACUGCUGGGACACCAGCCUUCAUGGCCCCUGAAGCUAUUUCAGAUUCUGGAAAGAGUUUCAGUGGAAAGGCUCUGGAUGUCUGGGCCAUGGGCAUUACUCUCUUUUGUUUUGUAUAUGGGAAGUGUCCCUUCAUUGAUGAAUUCAUCCUGGCACUUCACAACAAGAUCAAAAACAAGCCAGUGGAGUUUCCAGAAGAGCCUUGGAUCAGUGAGGAACUGAAGGAUCUGAUUCUGAAGAUGCUGGAAAAAAACCCUGAAUUAAGGAUAACUGUUCCUGAAAUUAAACAACAUCCAUGGGUCACGAAGUUUGGCAAGGACCCUCUUCCUUUAGAGGAAGACCAUUGCACCAUAGUGGAAGUAACUGAAGAGGAAGUGAAGAACUCGGUCAAGACAGUUCCUAGUUUACCUGCUGUGAUUUUAGUGAAGGCCAUGCUGAGGAAACGCUCAUUUGCCAACCCAUAUGAAGCCCAAACCAGACGAGAGGAACGAUCUAUGUCAGCUCCAGGGGACUUACUAAUAAAACAAGGAAGCCGAGAAGAGAUUAAGGACCCAGAGCUGCCUGAUGUGAAUGAAGAUAAGUCAACCUCUUGAAACCCCAAGCCUCUCACUGACUGAUCAUCCAGCUAGAGCUGCUGCUGUAACUAUUGUAAUCGGUGGUGUUGUCUUGCACGCCAUGCUGUUCUCAUCAACCAGGAUUUGUGAUCUGCAAGAGAGAAAGAGGAAGACAAAUAAAUACAACAUUAAGGACUAAAACAGCAAACAGCAACCCAGAAAUGGUACAUCAAAUAGCUAAUUUUUCAUACAACCCGCUGCCUGCAUUUUUUUUCCCACAAUGUAAGACAUUUUGGUGUUGUAUACUUGAUAUGUGCCUCUUCCAGCCGUGUUUCAUGUUGUGGUAUGUGUUUGCCGAAUGUUCCCCGCUAGGAGCUGCUCAGUUAAAACUUCUGUUCCAACUCUGAUUUUGGUAUGAGCUAUUCAGCAAUCAGACUGCAAGCCCAGUAUAUUAUGCAACACAUUAGAAACCCUGCGCCUCUCUUUUUGCUCAGUCAGUGGUGCCAUUACUUUGACUUGUUUUUGAAAUGCAACAAAAAUACAGUAUCUCUGUGGUAAGUAUCCAACUCAUUUUGUUUCAGCAUGUUUCCUAAGUUGUGCAUGUCUGUAUCUGCUGGGUCAUGCCCAGUGAGGUUGCUAAAAACUAGAGUGGCUUCUGAAUUUCUCCUCCUUUAGAUUUUUCCCCAAUUUCUAAAUUACCUGCUCGUUUCCAGAAAGUCAGUCCAAAUUAAGAAAACCAAGCUGACAGUUUUCCUUUGUCUCCCGCCUUCCUUCCUUUUUGCACAUGGAGAGGGGCUAAAGCUCAGUGGGAUGGUAUAUAUUUUACAUGCUUUUAGAUCCAAUUCCUGGCAUCUCCUUACGGAACUGGGAAGGCCUCCUCUGUGAGAUGAUGAAUGCUGCUGCUGGCCAGAACUGACAAUAUUGUGCCAGAUGACUCAUGGUUUGACUUCACAUAAGUUGGCAUCAUAUGUUCCUUCCUAAUAAUAUCUUAAAAAGCCAUUCUGAUGUUACAUAAGUAAUGGCUGUGCCAUGUGACAAUUCUGCCCCUAGAAAGCAGCUCUAGAUUCCAUGUUCUGAUAGUACUGGGCAUGUUUCAACUUUUGAGCUAGCUUACUUUUGUCUCAGCUGCUGCAAAGGAAGAACUGCAAAACUUCCAUUUACAAGUAUGAGAGAUACUGGAGCUGUGGAGGUUCAGGAAAAGGGUGGUCUGUUUUUCCAUUUACUCUUGAUUCAUCUUGCCUCCCACCAUCUCAACUCAAAGCUCUUGUGAUAGACUUCACCAGCUGUCUUGUCAGCAAACCUCACCUUGAUCUUUCUAGUCAAAACAUUUGGAAGAAAUUGCAGAGGGAAAAUGGAGCUGUGUGCCCUACAUUUCUUUUGUGGAAUUGUUUACCAGCAUACAGGAGACUUGCCAAAACACCUUACAAAAAGAACCAUGAUUCACUCAUACAUGUAAUCAGGAUCAAAAUUAAUGGGAUGUAGAGGGAGUUUUUCCAGUCGCUCAGUAGACCUGUUCUAGUGGCAGAAUUAAUUGUAGAAAUGCUCAUUAAACCAGAUUCACUAAUUCCUGUGUGUUGAAAUAAACACACACAGACAUACAUAUGACAUGCCAUUGCAAAAUGUCAAAUUUAAUAACCGGAAUGCAGUUCUCAAACAUUGGCCUACGGCUGUGACUCCCAAGGCAGAAGACAUCUCCAAGGCCAUUUUCAUGUCAGAGGGCCUGUGCUUUCAGCAGACAGUUGCCUUUCUGCCUGGAGUUGUAUACUCUCAAAAAAUAUGUCACUGAUUUCAGAUUGAUCUGCCAAUAGGUGCCCAAAAGUUCUGGGCAUGGACAGGGGCAGAACAUGGGACAGCAGGAAAAGAAGAAUCCUUUGCAUGUCCAAGAUACAUUUAUAAUGAACCCUUUUAGCUCCCAUCAGAAUUUGAUUUCCUGCAACAAUUCUAGUCCAUCACUUGACAAAAAGGGCAAACUUUUGCACUAUGCAUUAUAAAUCUAUAAACAUGCUCAGAAUCAGGCGCAUUAGGACUGAAGCAUCCAGGGGGGUGAGUGGUGAGGAAUGUCAUUCUCUGCUGGUAUGGUUAUCAGGAUGUCUUAACUGUGUUCUACCGCAGGGAUGAGCAAUCUGCGUUGUUGUUGAAGCUCUCAUUCUCACCAGAACAAUCUGGGCUGCAUUGAUACCGAAUUGGGACUAAAGAGAAUAUUGUUGGGCCAGAACUAACAAUGAUGAUGCUAGCAAUUUUUUCACCUUUUCACAUCUCUCCCCCCGCCCUCAUCCCUCUGGUCUCUUGUCUUACACCCUGUUUUCUGACUCUUCCUCCUUACACUGAAAUGAGGAAGAAAAGUUUACCCUUACCAGCAAUCCAACUGACUGUUUACAAAGAGAUUUUGAACUUAAACCAAGGGCUACAUGAAAUUAGGACAAAGGCUAUACAGUAUGUGACAUAAGGGCUAUUGGUUGCCCACUCCACUCUACCAAGCUUGGGUCUACUUUCUCAGAUGUGCUUAACCUGGUUACCAAGUUAAUCCAUGUUGGUUAUGAAUUGUGUUAAUGAAUUGUGAACUAACAGAACAGACUGGGUCUUUACAGCCUGCUAAAUGGCACACACACAUUAACCAAGGUUAAAACUAAACAAACUUUAGCAUGUUGUGUGAAUGCAACCAUUAGGUUUAACUAACGUGUACCAUGUGAACACAGCCCUGAGGUUUUUUGUUCUGCUGUCCUGUAUGAAGCAAGAAAAAUAUUAAAGGAGUCCUUCCGAACCA